CGAUGAGAGCGGUGACGCAACGCUUACUUCCAUUAAGGUUACCGAAUUCGCCUCUCCACUGAAAUUUUACAGCGUAAGAUCGGCAACGAACUCUUCGCGAGGGAUUCGGUCUCUCUUUUCUCUACUCUGCUGCGAGAAUCGGCGGAUUGGGAAUGGAGGCUUCCCUGCCUGCGAUUCGAUCUCCGAAUUAGGAGGGCAGCAACUGCGGCGGAGGUCAUCGGAUGCGAUGGAUCAAGAGGGAGGGUCAACUUCCUACGAUCAGCGGGGGUUUGGAAUUGGAACCUUUUCAUGUGCGAGCAAAUGGGAAGGCGAUCGAUUUCCUUUCGAUGCCAGAUACUUCCAUCCAGUAAUGAAGUGUUGAGGGGUGGGAUAGACAGUCGGGUGCUUGUGAUUCGGAAACUUAGGUGAAUUGGAGGAGCUACUACAAAAAUUUGCUUCUUUUGUCAUAUCAAAGUUUUGGUGUAGUUUAUGGUGACUUGAGUACAUCUCCUCUUUAUGUGUACAAGAGUGCAUACAGUGGAAGGUUGAACCAAUAUCAAGAUGAGGAGACUGUGUUUGGCAUGUUUUCUUUGAUAUUCUGGACAUUAACUAUAAUCCCUCUGCUAAAGUAUGUAUUCAUUGUCCUGAGUGCUGAUGAUAAUGGUGAAGGUGGAACAUUUGCUUUAUACUCUCUACUUUGUAGACAUGCCAAAUUCAGUUUACUCCCUAAUCAGCAAGCAGCUGAUGAGGAGCUGUCCACGUAUUAUCGUAAUGGAACUCGAAGUGUGAUCCAUUCACCAUUGAAAAGGUUUCUUGAGAAGCACAAAAGACUGAGGACUUGUUUACUUCUCAUAGUGUUGUUCGGUGCUUGCAUGGUGAUUGGUGAUGGUGUUCUUACACCUGCUAUUUCUGUUUUAUCAUCUAUUUCUGGGGUACAAGUUCGCACCAAAAACUUUCAUGAUGGCGAGGUGGCAAUUGUUUCUUGCUUUGUGCUAGUUGGCCUUUUUGCAUUGCAACGUAGGGGUACUCAAAGGGUGGCCUUCAUGUUUGCACCCAUCGUUAUUAUUUGGCUGUUGUGCAUUGGUAUUAUUGGACUGUACAAUGUCAUUCACUGGAACCAUAGGAUAUAUCUGGCCCUUUCUCCACUCUAUGUGGUUAAGUUUUUCAAGAAGACAGGGAAAGAUGGUUGGAUAUCUCUAGGCGGUAUACUUCUUUCAAUCACAGGUACAGAAGCUAUGUUUGCAGAUCUUGGCCAUUUCACUUCAGCAUCCAUUAGGGUGGCAUUCAUUAGUGUCAUAUACCCAUGUCUAGUCCUUCAAUACAUGGGGCAGGCAGCAUUUAUCUCCCGAAAUUUCUCUGAAAUAACUACCAGCUUCUACGAAUCAAUACCGCAACCUGUUUUUUGGCCUGUUUUCGUGGUUGCCACACUUGCUGCUAUAGUUGCCAGUCAAGCUGUUAUCUCAGCAACAUUCUCAAUCAUCAAACAAUGCCAUGCUUUGGGUUGUUUCCCCCGGGUCAAGAUUGUCCAUACAUCAAGAUGGAUCUAUGGCCAGGUAUACAUACCUGAAAUCAAUUGGAUCCUGAUGGUGCUUUGUCUUGCUGUGACUAUUGGUUUUCGUGACACAACCGUCAUUGGAAAUGCAUAUGGUAUAGCAUGCAUGACCGUCAUGUUUGUGACAACAUGGUUGAUGGCCCUUGUUAUCAUAUUUGUAUGGCAAAAGAACAACUUGUUUGCACUGAUGUUUCUUCUCCUUUUUGGGAGCAUCGAAGGUGUCUAUCUGUCCUCUUCACUUAUCAAAGUUCCCCAGGGAGGAUGGGUACCUCUGGCGCUCUCCUUUGUCUUUAUGGUUGUAAUGUAUGUGUGGCACUAUGGCACCCGGAGGAAAUAUCUCUUUGACUUGCAAAACAAGGUCUCAAUGAAAUGGAUCCUCACACUAGGACCCAGUCUCGGAAUUGUUCGUGUCCCCGGAAUUGGACUCAUCUACACAGAGUUGGUUACUGGCGUGCCAGCUAUAUUCUCCCAUUUUAUCACCAACCUCCCUGCUUUUCAUCAAGUUCUUGUGUUUGUUUGUGUGAAGUCAGUCCCAGUACCAUUUGUUCCUCCCGAUGAACGAUAUCUCAUUGGCCGGAUUGGUCCUAGAUCCUACAGAAUGUACAGGUGCAUAGUUAGGCAUGGCUACAAAGACGUACAGAAAGACGAAGAGAACUUUGAAAACCUUUUGGUUUUGAGCAUUGCCAAAUUCAUUCAGAUGGAAGCUGAAGAAACAUCUUCCGGUAGUUAUGAUUGCUCACCUGAAGGAAGAAUGGCCGUUAUUCAAACUUCUGACUUGUCUGGCACAACGUUGGUGAUGAGAGAUGCUGAUCAGCUUGCAGGUGACCCUAAUCCGACUAGGAGCAGCAAAUCAGAAACAUUACAAAGCUUGCAGUCGCUGUACGAGCAAGAAUCCCCAAGCGUGACCCGCCGUCGUCGAGUCCAUUUUGAUCUGCCAGACGCUGAGCACAUAGACCCUCAGUUGAGGGAAGAGCUACAGGCAUUGGUGGAGGCGAAGCAAGCAGGAGUUGCCUACAUACUGGGACACUCAUACAUAAAAGCCCGUAGGACAUCAUCCUUCACGAAGAAGUUUUUCAUCGACGUUGCCUACUCAUUUCUCCGAAAGAACUGCAGGGGCCCUUCAGUGGCUUUAAGCAUACCACAUAUCAGCCUUAUAGAAGUGGGCAUGAUCUAUUAUGUGUAAUCAGUUCUUAUUACCGACAAUGCCAAGGUAUGAACCUGAAUGUGAUAUGACUGUUUCACUUAGAACUUUGAAUUUUUUUCAUGUCAAGCAGUUCUAUAAUGUAUUUCUUGUGCUAAAAAUAAGAAGCUUUUACUAA